AUGCGUUUCGCAAAUCUAGAUGACACUCCGAUGUUCCGCCAACAGAUCCAGUGUUUGGAGGAAAUUGCAGAAUCGUUGCGCGCAAGAUGCUGCAAGUUCUAUAAGGGAUGUCGAAAGUAUACUGAAGGUCUUGGAGAGGCAUAUGAUGGGGACAUCGCAUUUGCAAGUGCCAUAGAAAACUUUGGAGGAGGGCAAAAUGAUCCUCAUUUUGUUACUUUGGGAGGACCUGUUAUGACCAAAUUUACUAUAGCGUUGAGAGAAAUCAGUGCAUACAAGGAACUGCUCCGGUCACAAGUAGAGCACAUUUUCAAUGAUAGGUUACAACCCAUUGUGAAUGUUGACAUCCAUGAAGUCAAGGAAGCUCGCAAGCGUUUCGAUAAAUCCUCCCUUGUAUAUGAUCAGGCACGUGAAAAAUUUAUGUCACUGAGAAAAAGUACUAAGAUUGACAUUGCCACUGUCAUUGAAGAGGAACUGCAGGAGGCAAGAACAUCAUUUGAGGAAGCCCGUUUCAAUUUGGUUGGCACUCUUAAUAACAUUGAGGUCAAGAGGAGAUUCGAGUUUUUAGAGGCUGUAACUGGAAUUAUGGAUGCUCAUUUUCGAUACUUUCAACAGGGGUAUCAGCUAUUGAAUGAGAUGGAACCUUUCAUUAAUGAGAUUAUGGAUUAUGUACAUCAGUCAAGAGAAAAUUACAAUAACGAGCAGAUUGAACUUUAUCAAAGAAUGCAAGACUACAAGAAACAAGUUUAUGAAGAAAGUAGGUUGUCCUUGAGUGGUCCUUAUGGUUCUCCUAGUGGAGACUCCGCACAUCCGUUUUCUAGGAUAUCAAAUGAAGUGGCGGAUGUAGUAAUGGAAUCUGCUGCGAAUGGAAAGGUUCAAAUCAUUCGACAAGGACAUCUUUCAAAACGAUCCUCCAAUUUGAGAGCUGACUGGAAAAGAAGGUAUUUUGUUCUUGACAGUCGAGGAAUGUUGUUCUACUACCGCAAACCAUGGAGUGUGUCAUAUGGCAGCAAUCAACCAUCUCCAAAGAAGAUUAGUGGCACUGAAAACGGUUCUGGGAUUCUGAGUCGAUGGCUUUCUUCUCAUUACCAUGGAGGUGUCCAUGAUGAAAGAUCUAUAGCACGUCAUACGGUAAACCUGCUGACAUCAACAAUCAAGGUUGAUGCUGAUCAGUCAGAUUUAAGAUUCUGCUUCAGGAUUAUUUCACCAUCAAAGAACUACACGUUGCAGGCAGAAAAUGCGGUGGACCAGAUGGAUUGGAUGGAAAAGAUAAAUGGAGUAAUUGCCACCUUGUUGAGUGUCCAAACACUGGGAACGCCUCUCUCAGCUGACUCAGAAAACGGAGACUCUGAUGACAAUAUUGAUAACUUGGAAAGUUGUCCAGAUGAUGAUAACACUUUGACAGUGAAGUCUGCAUUCAAUAGUUCCACCCAUAAUAACCACUCACGUUCGACUAGAAGUAUGCAGUUACAUAAGCACAAUAUGAGAAUUGAAAAGCCAAUUGAUGUUCUUAGAAGUGUGAACGGAAAUGAUAAAUGUGCUGAUUGUGGUAAACCCGAACCAGACUGGGCAUCCUUAAACCUUGGCAUCCUUAUAUGCAUUGAGUGUUCUGGUGUUCAUCGUAAUCUUGGUGUACAUAUAUCAAAAGUAAGAUCGCUGACACUCGAUGUUAAAGUUUGGGAUUCCUCUGUCUUAAGUAUGCUUAAAUCACUAGGCAAUCUUUUUGCAAACUCAGUUUGGGAGGAGUUGCUACAUUCACAAAGUAAUUUGCAAACAGUUGAUGCACCUGAUAGGUAA